GAGGCGCUGGCGGUGGGACGGCCUGGAGGCAGUGUAACUGGCGUCCGGCUGCUGCUCCUCACUUGGAAUAUGCAGCGUGGAUAUGGGCGGGCGGGCUAAACCUUGGGGUCGGACACUGGAGGACGCGAGCCGGGACUCUGGCUACGGGGGCGCUGCCGACUCGGUGCGCUCUUCCUCCACCAGCCUCUCGCUGUGCUGUUCCCCGGCCACUCAUGGAGCGGAGCCCCGCGGCGUGGGGACCGGCGGUGGCAGCAGUAGCUGUGGCUCGGUGAGCGGGACUCUGGCCGAGGAGGCCGAUAUGCUGGAGUGCCGGCUGCCCGAGCCCGAGGAGCUGCCUUGGGUUCUGCCGCAGCUGCUGGCGGUGCUGGGCUCGGUACAGCAGCAGCAGCCACCGCUGGCUGAGUGUCCGCGGGACGCGCUGCGCCGCCUCUCCUGGCUGAUAAGCCGGCCGCUCCUGCGGGUCGCGCGGGAGGCGCAGCGGCUGAGCCUGCGGUACGCCCGGUGCGGCCGGGCCGAGGUGCAGAGCGCCCUGCGGGCGGUGCUGUCCUGGCCACUGGCCCGGGGCUGCGUGGAGGCCGGACUGUCAGCGCUCUCCCUCUACAACAUGAGUUGCUGCCGCGGCUUCAGCCAGGGCAAGUCGACUAGGUGUGGCCUCACCCUAUCAGUAGGUAGCUUCUUCAGGUGGAUGGUGGAAAGCGGACUCGCCCCGCGGAUCCAUCCGCACGCCGCUAUCUACCUGACGGCUGCUAUGGAGAGUCUGCUGAAGGAGCUGAUGCUGCGGAUCCUGCAGAGCGGGGAGGCCAGCUCGAAAAUCAGCGUGGAAGUGAUCGAGCAAACUGUCAACAAUGACCCGGAGUUCUGGGGCAUCUGCCAGCCCUAUCUGCACCUCCUGUGUGGCAAGAAUGCACAAGGAAUCCUGAGCCUGCCCGAGAGCCUGAACUUGAACAGGGAGAUGUGCAAGUCUGAAGGAACACCAAUGUACAGUCAGUCUGAACUCCGAGCUAUUGAACAGGCCUUACUGGUCACCCGUGUGGGAAGCAUUGCUGAACUCAGUGACCUGGUUUCUCGGGCGAUGUAUCAUCUGCAGCCGUUGAAGUGGACCCAGUGUGGGAACGGAACGCCAGUCCAUCAUAAACAGGGACCACUGCACUGGGAGUCCGAAGCACUCUAUACCCUCUGCUACUUCAUGCACUGUCCGCAGAUGGAAUGGGAAAACCCAAAUGUGGAACCAUCCAAAGUCAGCCUCACUACAGAGAGGCCGUUUCUGGUACUGCCGCCUUUGAUGGAGUGGAUCCGAGUGGCUGUAGCCCAUGCUGAGCACCGCAGAAGUUUUUCCAUCGACAGUGAUGAUGUGCGACAAGCUGCCCGCCUCUUGCUUCCUGGAGUUGAUUGUGAACCUCGCCAGCUAAAAGCUGAUGAUUGCUUCUCUGCCUCCCUGAAACUCGAUGCGGCAGCGACUGAGGCCAAGUUUCACCAAGGCCUUGGAUUCCGCAUGUUGAACUGUGGUAGGACAGACCUGGUCAAUCAGGCCAUUAACCUUCUGGGACCUGAUGGCAUCAACACCAGGAGUGAGCAGGGUCUGAGUCCUCUGAUGUAUGCCUGUGCUCGGGGAGACGAGGCCAUGGUUCAGAUGCUGCUUGAUGCUGGGGCAGAUGUAAACUGUGAGGUCCCCAACCCAUCCCACAAAUAUCCGUCUAUCCCUGUGGAGACACGACACUGGACAGCCCUGACACUGGCUGUGCUCCAUGGCCACAUUGCUGUAGUUCAGUUGCUGCUCGACGCUGGUGCGAAUGUCGAAGGGUCUGUCGGACAAGGGGGUGAGAAUUACUCUGAGACCCCCUUGCAGCUGGCAGCUGCAGCCGGUAAUUUUGAUCUCGUGAGUUUACUCCUGGAGCAGGGAGCAGAGCCGAUAAUUGGGACGUCGUGUCGGAAUGGGUUCUCUGUCACUCCACAUGGUGACAUGAGUGCAUACAGCCAGGCUGCUGCUCACGGCCACAGGAAUGUGUUUCGGAAAUUGCUGGUGCACUCUGAGAAGGAAGCAACGAACGUCCUCUCCCUGGAGGAGAUUCUAGCCGAGGGGACAGACCCCACAGGGUCAACCUCAAAUUCCACAGGCUCCAACCGGACCAACAAGGUCCGACUGAAUGCUCUGAGGGAGGCCAUUUAUCACAGCUCAGAGCAUGGGUACGUGGACAUUACCGUGGACAUCCGAGGUUUUGGUGUGCCAUGGAACCUGCACUCGUGGCUGUUAUCCCUGAACACGGCAUUCCUGCAACACCGCAGACUGGUCAUGCAGUGUAUCCUGAAGGAGUUCAACACUAUCAAGGAGGAAGAGUACAGUGAUGAGCUCCUCCUGCAGGGUCUACCGCUCCUGUUUCAGAUUUUGAGAGCCAGCAAGAAUGAAGCAAUCAGUCAACAGUUGGCAGGGAUUUUUGUCCAGUGCUACGGUCCUUACCCAAUUCCCAAGUUUACAGAAAUCAAACGGAAACAGAUUUCCCGGCUAGACCCUCACUUUCUGAAUAACAAGGAGAUGUCUGACGUUACGUUUCUCGUGGAGGGAAAACCGUUCUACGCACACAGAGUGUUGCUGUUCACUGCCUCGCCCAGGUUUAAGAACCUUCUGUCGAGCAGGAUGUCCUCGGACAAUGCAUCCAGUAUUUUCAUUGAAAUUGGCCACAUAAAGUACAAUAUAUUUAAGAUGGUGAUGCAGUAUCUUUACUAUGGCGGUACAGAGACACUGCAGAUUAGAAACAGUGAUGUAUUAGAGUUAUUGUCAGCAGCAAAGUUUUUCCAGCUUGAGGCUUUGCAGCGACACUGUGAGCUCCUAUGUACAAAAAUCAUCAUUGUUGACAACUGUGUGGAAAUGUAUAAUCACGCCAAGUUUGUUGGAGCUGUUCACCUUUCUGCGUUCUGUGAAGGAUAUUUCCUGAAGAAUAUGGUCUGUCUAAUGGAGAACGAAGCUUUCAAACAAUUACUGUACUCCUCUGUGGAGGAGUCACAGGGACAUGAUGUACUGCAUGAUUUAGAAACUACACUGGCAGCACGAAUCCAGUCAAUACGUCUGUCAGCCUCAAAGGGAUCCAUCGUGUGACCCAGGCAUAUCAUUGACUUGUUUGGUUUCAGACAUUGUUGGUUAAGCUUCGAUCCUGAUGAAAAGUAACUGCAUCUCGCUAAGAGGUGUAGGAGCGAAGGACAGAAUUGGGAUGGGUUCCAUUGCAGCCCUCUGUGCUCCACCUUUUACUCUGUACAAACGUAUUCCAAGUGUCUCUCCAGGAUCCCCCAUCGAUCGCCUUUUAGACUCUCAACCAGCAAAAGCACAUUUACUCAGCUCCUGCAGAAGCAAUCACUUGACACGUGUUUGGUGCAGCCACAAGGGGUUAGAGCGUGUCCCAGACAUCACAGUGUCUGUCUCUUAACCUGUUUCAUAUUCACUGUGAAGCCAUUGCCUAGAGAGAGGGAUGGUGGUCAGGGCAAGUCAGGAAGUGUUUGACAGUUUUGCACGUUCUAUGCAUGAGGUGGUUUGUAAGCGAAGGAUGAAUAUUUAGAAAGUGAAGUGUUUUCUCUGGACCCAGAACCAUGCACCAGCCUAGCCCAGCUCAGCAGUAAUUGAGGGAGACAGUGGCACAAUGGUAAGGAGCAGUAAUCAGGGGCCCAGGCUAAUGUUCUACAGUUACUGUUCACAUCCCACCACGGCACUGAGUGGACUGUGGAUUCAAUCAAUUAAUAAAGAAAAACUUAAUACA